AGCGGCCCUCGGUGUCCCCCCGUGUCCCGGGGUCCCCCGGCUCGGGGCGGGGAUGGGGCUGGAGCAGGAGGAGGGACCCCCGCGUCGCCAUCGGCCGGGCAUCCCCCAGCAGCUCCGUGCGCAGUGCCUGCCCUGGUCCUCCAUCCUGGUUCUCCAUCCCGCUGUUCCCAUCCUGGUCCUCCAUGCCGCUGUUCCCAUCCUGCAUCCCAAUCCUGCUGCCCCGUCCUGUUCCUCCACAUUGGUCCUCCAUCCCUCUGUUCCUAUCUUGCUCCCCCAUCCUGUUCUCAUCCUGUUCCCCCAUUUCAGUGUCCCCAUCCUGCUGUCUCCAUCUUGCUCCCCUCUAAUCUGCUCCCCCCAUCCUCCCUCUCCCAACCUUCUCUUCCAUCCCACUGCCCCCUAAAUUAUUCCUCCCAUCCUACUUCCCCCAUCCCACUGCCCACAUCCUGCAUCCCAUCCUGCUGCCCCCAAACACUCCCCCCAACCCCUGUCAUUCUCCCUAUCCUACUGCUUCCCCAAAUCAUUCCCUCAAUCCACUGCCCCCAGCCCUCUCCCCAGAACCAGCUCCCCCGGUUUGCUCCCCCCUAAUUCCCUCCCUGUUAAUGUGCUCCCCCAAUCCACUCCCCAACCCUCUCCCCCAUCCCUGCUGUCUCCCACCCCUCCAUCCCCAGGACCUCAAGGGCCAGUACUGGACGGACGAUGACUCCGACGGGGACAAUGAGUCCGAGGAGUUCCUCUAUGGCGUGCAGGGGACCUGCGCCGCCGACCUGUACCGGCACCCGCAGCUGGACGCCGACAUCGAGGCCGUGAAGGAGAUCUACAGCGAGAAUGCCGUGGCCGUCAGGGAGUACGGGACCAUCGAUGACGUGGACAUUGACCUCCAUGUGAACAUCAGCUUCCUCGAUGAGGAGGUGGCAACGGCCUGGAAGGUGCUGCGGACGGAGCCCAUCGUCCUCCGCCUGCGCUUCUCCCUCUCGCAGUACCUCGAUGGCCCCGAACCGUCCAUCGAGGUUUUCCAGCCAUCCAACAAGGAGGGCUUUGGGCUGGGUCUGCAGCUGAAAAAGAUCCUGGGCAUGUUUACAUCCCAGCAAUGGAAACAUCUCAGCAACGAUUUCCUGAAGACUCAGCAGGAGAAGCGGCACAGCUGGUUCAAGACAAGCGGCACCAUCAAGAAGUUCCGUGCUGGGCUCAGCAUCUUCUCACCCAUCCCUAAGUCUCCCAGCUUCCCUGUUAUCCAAGAUUCAGUGCUGAAGGGCAAACUGGGCAUCCCUGAGCCUCGCGUGAACCGCCUGAUGAAUCGCUCCGUGUCCUGCAUGGUGAAGAAUCCCAAGGUGGAAGUUUUCGGCUACCCACCCGCCAGCACCCAGGUCGGCGGCCACUGCAAGAACAUCCCCACGCUGGAGUACGGCUUCCUCGUGCAGAUCAUGAAGUACGCGGAGCAGCGGAUCCCGACGCUCAAUGAGUACUGCGUGGUGUGUGAUGAGCAGCACGUCUUCCAGAACGGCUCCAUGCUGAAGCCAGCUGUGUGCACCCGGGAGCUCUGCGUCUUCUCCUUCUACACCCUGGGCGUCAUGUCCGGCGCGGCUGAGGAGGUGGCCACGGGUGCCGAGGUGGUGGACCUGCUGGUGGCCAUGUGCCGUGCUGCCCUCGAGUCCCCUCGCAAGAGCAUCAUCUUUGAGCCUUACCCCUCCGUGGUGGACCCCAAUGACCCCAAAACUCUGGCCUUCAAUCCCAAGAAGAAGAACUACGAGCGGCUCCAGAAGGCCCUGGACAGUGUGAUGUCCAUCCGGGAGAUGACCCAGGGGUCCUACCUGGAGAUCAAGAAGCAGAUGGACAAGCUGGACCCCCUGGCACAUCCCCUCCUGCAGUGGAUAAUCUCCAGCAACAGAUCCCACAUUGUCAAGCUGCCUCUCAGCAGGCAGCUGAAGUUCAUGCACACCUCCCACCAGUUCCUCCUGCUCAGCAGCCCCCCGGCCAAGGAAGCCCGGUUCCGCACGGCCAAGAAACUCUACGGCAGCACCUUCGCUUUCCAUGGCUCUCACAUUGAGAACUGGCAUUCCAUCCUCCGCAACGGGCUGGUCAACGCCUCCUACACCAAACUGCAGCUGCAUGGAGCAGCCUAUGGCAAGGGCAUCUAUCUGAGCCCCAUCUCCAGUAUUUCCUUUGGAUACUCAGGAAUGGGGAAAGGGCAGCACCGGAUGCCAUCGAAGGAUGAGCUGGUGCAGCGGUACAACCGGAUGAACACGAUCCCCCAGACCCGCUCCAUCCAAUCCCGCUUCCUCCAGAGCCGCAACCUGAACUGCAUCGCGCUUUGCGAAGUGAUCACCUCCAAGGACCUGCAGAAACACGGCAACAUCUGGGUCUGCCCUGUCUCGGACCACGUCUGCACACGCUUCUUCUUUGUGUACGAAGAUGGCCAAGUGGGAGAUGCCAAUAUCAAUACUCAGGACCCCAAAAUCCAGAAGGAGAUCAUGCGUGUGAUCGGGACUCAGGUGUACACAAACUGAGUGGUGGCUGUGGGACCCUGGGACCCCCCCGGGCACCGAGCGAGCCCCCGGGCAAGGCUGGGCAGGGGCCGAGCAGGUUUUGAGCCCCCCGGGCAGGGCAGAGCCAGGGCAACACCGGCGGCUCCACCUGUACAUAGGCGUUGGGCACCCUGUGAGCACCAGGCAGGUUCAGCAGUCCCUUAUCCCCUCCCUGUCCCCUUCCCACUGUCCCCAACUCUGUGGCAGCCUGGAGAAGGAGCCGUGGGUCCAGCGUGGCUGGGGACGGCCCCUCCUGGCGUUGGCAGCGACGGCGUUUUUAUCAAUGAUGAGAAACUGAAGGAAAAAAAAAAAAAACAAACAAACAACCAAAACAAACCCAAAAACAUAGGAAAAAAAAAAAGAGAAAAGGAAUCAGUGUUUGUGGAUUUAACUUGGAAUUAAAGUGUGGGGUUUAAAAUGGGAAGGGGAUGCUGGGAAGAGAUGGGGUACAGGGAAGGAGUGGGAUUUAAGGGAGGGGGUGAGAGUGUGGGGGAGGAAUAGGGGCAUAGGGAAGGGAUUGGAACCUGGGGAGGGAUGGGGGGCACAGGUAAGGGAUGGGCUCAUGAGAAAAAUAUAGGAUUGUGGAGAAGAGGUGGGAAACAAGGGAAUGGUAUCUUGGGGAAGGAAUGGGAUUGAGAGGAAGGGUGAUCAGGCAGAAAGGAAAGGAAUCCCUUCAUAGGGAAGGGAUAGGAUCGAGGGGAAGGGAUGGAAUGGUGAGGAAGUGCCAUAGAGAAUUGAUGCAGCUUUGGGAUACUCCCCCAUCACACCAUGGCAAAAGGAUGUUGCUGUGGAGGUGGAACACGAUGGGAGAAGGAAUUGUGCCUCAGGAUGGGAACAUGGAACCCCAUGGAGCAGCCCCCCAGGCACCAGUGCUGCAGCAGAGAUUCAAAUGGGAAGGAACCUCCCAGGGACAGUAUUUUGUUUCAGCCCAAGCCCAUCCCAGUAACUCCAUGGACGCUGAAGCAGUGCCAGCACAGCUGCAUCCUGCUACACCCAAACCUGGAUGGAAACCUAGCAGAGAUAGCCCAGAGGCUGCCAGGGCUCAGGGUGGGCAGAGGGGGCUGGGCACUGCUGGUCCCCACAGUCCAGGGGCUCUCCAGGUCAGUCACAGCAGCACAAGGCCACGAUUUCAGCCAGGAUUUAUGACGGAAUUUAAGAACUGAUGUAAGAAUUAUCCUGGUUUCAGCACAGCCACCCACUGAGUCCCUGACAGGUUCAUUACACCACUGGGUGCACUCAGUGUCAUUUCUGGCAUGUCCAUGUCCUCUGUCCACCCUGAAUCCCAACAUCUGUCUAUCCCCACUCGUCCCACACGGGCUGCUCCAUGUAUCCAAGGGCCAACCAAACCUGGGCUCGUGGCCAUUCCCUCGCCCCUGGCCCUGCCACCUACCCCUUGGUAGGGGGGGGGGUUUGCUUAAAUUUGUGGGGUUUGGGGUUUUUUCCUCUCCUCCAAUAAAAAAUAAGUCGCUUUCCUGGGAUCAUGGCAGUCACUCAGCUGUACCAACAAGUGCAAGGGACAUCCCAUGGGACAUGGCCACACCUCUCUGAAGCUCCUUUCUCUGUGCCUUGGAAAGAUCUGUGAAACCACAGGGCUGUAUCCUGUCCUGAUUUCCUCUGCAGCCAGGGUGAAUUCCU